AUGUGCAUUAAUUAAGAAGUGCAUGCAAUACUUUAAACUAAGUCAUCAUAAGUUGAAUAAAUGAUUGAAAAUCUUAUUUCUUAUGGUGCUCCCAUCACUAAAGUUGUUCGAUCAUUUUGUCUAUACAAUUAAAUCUAGAAUGGCAUGAAGACCAAACUUUAUGAUUUUUAUCGCAUAGAAAUUUUGCAUAUGUAUGGCACUGAGCACAUAAUCACUCUUGAAAACUGCGAAAAAAUUGGGUUAAUUGGAAAAAAACUUAAUGAUACUCAUAUAUGGGAAAAAAUUGAAAAGCCUUUACGUCUGAUUAAUGAAGAUGUUGAUCAUGUGCUCCAGAGGAUAUUUCAUAUGUUUUUCUUGCAUAUGCACCAAUAAUUUCGAAUAUUUGAAGAAAUUAUCACAAAAAACACAUGGGGGGCCCAUUAGUUUUGUAAGCCUUAAAAGAUUUACCUGGCGAACUUGUAAUGCAUUGAAAAAUUAAACCAACUUUAAGGAGAAGAAGUUAAGGAAGGUUAAAAUUAAAUUGAUGUCAUCUACAUAGUAGGAGGGAUUACAUAUGGGGAAGUAGCAGCGAUUCGUUGGUUAGGAUUACGUUACAAAAAAGAUAUAAAAAUUUGUACAACCCAUAUAAUCAAUGGAGAUAGAUUAAUUUAAGAGAUGAUUUAAAAUUAAUGA